AUGGGGGCCAAGAUCACUGGCGGCAAAAAGGGAAAACCUCGCGGGAUCCGUAGGGACAGGGACUGCCAGAGCUGCAAGACUCGAAACAUCAAAUGCGAUUUGAACAGACCACGGUGUCAACCAUGUGUGCAGGCUGGGUUGCCGUGUGGCGGUUAUCCUCAGCGGGUAGUCUGGGCUACAGACACUAAUUUCGGGCAGAGACGGCCGCGCGAAAAGGUCGCAACGCCGGCGUUGUCGCAAGAAUCACAUUCACCCUCAGACAGUUCUAAACCGAAUUUGAACGGCAGCAAACCGCCCACGCCAGUUGCGGCGACUUUGCAGAUGCAUGACCGUUACACGACUGUAAACCAAUACAGCUUCAUCAAGCGCCUUGCCGCGUUUUACGAGCAGAUCAAAGACGUCAAUAAUCACUCGAGUGGGGGAUAUUUACCGCCGGAAGCUAUAGAAAUGAAAGGACAGGUCGCAUCAAACGACUCCACGGCGGAGAGGCAGUCUAUGGAUGCUGUGCAAUAUCAUGUUGACGCGCUAAUGAGGUUGACUGAAGCCAUCGACCAGGCACACCCAAUUGCGCUAUUUGGCAUAGCGACAUUUGCAUUCUUCGAGGUCUGCGACGGUUCAUUUGGAGAAUGGCAAUGCCAUUUGAAUGGGGCACGGUCACUGCUCGAUUUUCACUGCCAUAACAAGGCAGAUCUUGAUCGGUUGUCGGUUGAACUUGCUGGAUUAAACGAAAUCGUUGCGCAUCUAGUGUGGUUCGACACAAUAGGCGCCAUCAUUCGGGGUAGUAAUGGACUGAUUUUCGACGACUGGCAUCGCGAGACCUUGACCGAAGAAUUCUUUGCUAAUGUCGGGUGUCCCGUUGACACUUUUCAUUUGUUUGUGACCCUCGCCAAGGCAGGCAAUCACAUCAACACCUUGGAUCUCAGUUUUGAAGCGCUUGAUCAACUCCUGCUGCGAGCUGAACCUGGGUCCGGCAACUCGGCCCUUGUCGAAAACGCAUGGCGAUGCACGGCCGCCAUUGCCAUCAUCAGUCGGAUUGGCGACGCGGGGUCGUUGUCGCGCCGCAAAGCGCUCUCGACUGCAGUCGACCAGGCCUGCAGAGUGAUUGCUGUCAUGUCACCCACUUCAGGGAUCUAUAUUCACCUGGCAGCCACGGCUUAUCUGGCUGGCAUACAUGCCACCCACCCUAGACAAUGCGAGAUUGUGCGAACCUAUUGGCGCAAUUGUCGUGCUUCUGAUUUCCCACGAUACCCAGACGGACAAGCCAAGUGUGAAGCGAAAUGGCAAGCAGAGGGUCUGGCAUGA